CCUAUGUGCUGCUAUUCAUUUCCAGCAGGAUUGCUGCCAGUCUGCUACCUGCAGCCUUGUCCCUGUACACUGUCACAUAGGCUGGCUGGAGGGGCCAUGCAGAGGUGCCCAGGGGGGCUGUGAUUGCACACACAUUGCUGCCUCCCUUUGUGUCUCCUCCAGUCAUCAGCACAAGCUGCAGCAACCAUCACAUAUGUCUGCGGCAUAAUGGAAACAAUGGGGGUAAGAAACAAGGGGCAGGAGAAUGUACAACCACAGGAGGAGGAAGAAGAGGUGGACCCCAGAAUCCAGGGAGAACUAGAGAAGCUUAACCAAUCCACGGAUGACAUUAACCGGAGGGAAAUUGAGCUUGAGGAGGCCCGGCAGAAAUUCCGCUCUGUGCUGACAGAAGCUACCCUGAGGUUGGAUGAGAUGGUAAAGAAAAUUGGAAAAUCUGUGGAAGAUUCCAAACCAUACUGGGAAGCCAGAAAAGUAGCCAGACAGGCUCAGUUGGAAGCACAGAAAGCCACACAAGAUUUCCAGCGUGCUACAGAGGUGCUUCGAGCAGCCAAGGAAACCAUUUCUCUAGCGGAGCAGCGAUUGCUGGAAGAUGAAAAGCGCCAGUUUGAUUCUGCAUGGCAGGAGAUGCUUAACCAUGCCACACAACGGGUCAUGGAAGAGGAGCAGAAGAAGACGCGCAGUGAGCUGAGACACAAAGAAACGGCGGCUAAAUAUAAUGCUGCCAUGGGCAGAAUGAAGCAGCUAGAGAAGAAAUUAAAGCGGAGCAUCAGUAAAUCAAAACCCUAUUUUGAAAUGAAGGCAAAGUAUUACCUACAGCUUGAGCAAUUAAAGAAAACCGUGGAUGAACUUCAAGCUAAACUGUCUCUGGCUAAAGGAGAGUACAAGACUGCACUUAAGAACCUUGAAAUGAUAUCUGAUGAAAUACAUGAGAGGAGGCGUUCCUCUGCAAUGGGCCCAAGGGGACGUGGGGUAGGAGCAGAAGGCAGCAAUUCAGUAGAUGAUCUCUCUGCUUGUAAACUGGAAUCGGACACAAUUUCAAUGACCUCAGAAGUUUUUGAAGAUGACAAUCUCAGCAGUGUGGUCUCCGAAGAGGACUCUGAGACACAGUCUCUAUCAAGCUACAGCUCUGGCCCAACAAGCCCUUCUGAGGUUCUGAGCCCUUUUCCAGGUGCACCACGUCCUGGCAGCUUAGAUCUUUCAAGCCCUAUGUCCCUUUCAGAAUUUGGGUUGAUAUCACCUGUUCUUGGGCCUCGCAGUGAAUGCAGUGGAGCGUCAUCACCAGAAUGUGAUCUGGAGAGAGGCAAUAGAGCAGAAGGAUCAGAAAGCAAAGCCCAGGACAGACUAAAUAACAACAGCAAUAUCGUCAAUAAACCCAGAGCUUUGUCAGCGUUGGAUAACGGCAUGAAGCAGCUGUCUUUGGAUUGUGCAGACAAUGAAGCCAACUCGGACAUAAAGUGUACACGUUCUCAGUCCCUAGCCUCAACAGUGCUGGUCAAUGCAGUGUGAACAAUGUGCCAUUCGAAUUACAGAUUGCACCAAGAAGAUUUUCUCACACACGUGUGUGUACUGCUAAGAGAACCCGGGCUGACUGGAGGCCGCAUACCAUGAACUAAUGUGAUGGGGGGGGGGGGGGGGAAGUACAGAUGGCUUUCCAGCAGGCUUCCACUUCUCUGCUUGCAGUCCUUAUUCACCCAAAAAAAGCCCAAAAUAAGGAAUGGAGAGCAGGAUAUCUUUAGUCAGAGCAAUAAAUAGAAACAGAGACUUAGCCAAAGGGUUGACUCCCCAAACAAGUAUUGUUACAAGGCUUUCUGUUCCUUGUGUCUUUGCCAUAUAGGACCAUAAACUUCUUUGGUCUGUCAGAUGUUUAGUAUCCUUGUAUUAUAUGCACAUAAAUCGCCCAUCAAAUGUGACGACCAUGUAACUUUUCAACGUAAACCGUACAGUAGUCCUAUGUAAGUGAUUUUUUUCAAUUAAACCUCCAUUUAGAAAUCUUCAAACCUCAACCAGUAAGCAACACCUGUCUAGGUUUUUUGACCUCCCAUUAUUCAUAUACAAGUCCAAUGCUAUUUGUAGAAAAAAGCUAAUUGUAGAUGAUCUAUCAAAUGUUCAUCUUUGUCAUCAGCCUUAAAUUUUGUUUUACGUUGGGUCAAGAAUCCAAAUGUUGAAUACAGCUGCAGACACUCUCUGAAUACAUAUCUUUUAUAAACUGCUGUCUAUUCGUACAAACAAUUGAUCUCACCCUACCAGCAUAUAACCACUGUAAUAAUCCCAGGAUGUGGUUAUUAAAUUGGCUAAACGGACAUCUUCUGCUGCCUAUCUUCCCACAAUCCAUCUUUCUGACACAUCUACCUACACAGGUAAAUUGACAUAUCACCACGGCUCCUCUUGCAUUUGCACUUAUACGCUCUUCAGCAUAUCUUCAUGUCUGCUAUGUGGAUAUCAGUAUUGGACAUUUUCUGGUUUAUUAGAAUCUGUAGAUCUGUAAGUAAGCUUAUAACGACAUAUUUAUUUGUAUUUACAUUAGCUUUGUACAUCUCAAAUAUAUUAGACUUCAUAUUUUUUGACUUGCUGGUCAUUUUCUAUAACUAUGAAUGUUUUUUGUUAGUAUAUGUUCUAAUUUUUUUAAUUAUAGCAGAAGAAUUCUACCAUGUGCCAUGUUUCCAGAUUUUAUAACUAGAGACUUUCCCAGCCAUUAAUCGCACAUUUGAACUUUACUGAUGAGGCAUAAUUUUACAGCAGAUAUGGAGAAAGCCUUUACCUGGCUAUUUUGUAUGUCUACAGUGCAGCUCAUGCCUUGUUUUGUAUACAGUACUGUGGUACACACUCCAGUAAAUUAACUGGCCAUGCAUGUUGCAUGGGUUUCCUAGUUGUGUAGGAAGUAGAGGUUGACUAAAUACAAGCAAUGAUGCUUCUCUAUAGAGACAGUGGAGUUUGUGCUGCCGAUUUGUAGUCCUAGGAUAGACUAGCCUGUUUUAUAUGUAACUGACAUGUUUGCUUUGAAUCAUUUCCGAGGCGAAUAUAGUAAUAUUGGAAUGUGUCUUGUUUUGUGUUGCGUCCUAUCUACAACUUGUAUGUUUCCCCAGAAAAUUAUGUAUAUUAAAGGGCGUUUCAUGCAACUUAAA